GUGGCGCUGCUGCCAAUUCAAGCGCCCGAACAAAACAACUUCAGUUGCUCGCAAUCGCUGAAGUAAAGACCUAUUUGAGCUACAAUUCCACGAGGAUUUUCUUACAUUAUUUCAGAGAAAAUAAUACUUUUAUCAACAUCUUAUCGUACUACAGUCCAUUGAGUAUUAACUGAGUGUCUAUCUAGUUGUCUAUUGUAAGGAAUUAUCACUUAAAUUGGUGGGAAAGUGAGUGAAUUUUAAGCGAUAGCGUGGUGCUUGAGAGCCUGAAAAAAUUGAGGCUUCGCUAGUGAAAAUUGUGGGUUUUUCUGUGUCUCCGGACGGAGAAAAAGUGUUCAGUUUUUAUCCAAAAAAUCUGUUUAAAGUGUUAUUUCACGUCUUUGUGCGUAUUUUAAAGUCAUUCAACCAAUUUCCGGCUCCAUUGAGCUGAAGGAAACAUCCUUCAUAUUUGGAACGUGAAAAAACUCCCUAUAAAAACCCAAAAUCAUCCGGAAAAGAUCAAAAAUUUCAUCCAGAGGGCUAGAAACUCAUUAAAAGUUCACAAAAUGUUCAUCGAAGAGGAUGACAAAAUGGAGAGUUUUUGGGUGCAAACGGCAAUCGGGGCCAUCAAGUGUCUCGCAUUUGUCUGUGAUGUUCUCACAUUUCCAAUAUACUUAGUACUUCAGAGACCGUGGAAGCGUCGAAUGCUCUCUCGUCGAAUUAAGGCAAAACCAAUUAGCCAGGAUGACAGCCAAAUAACAUAUCGAACGGUUGAUCCACCAAAAGAAGUGCAUGUUAAAAUGCUACAAUUGGGCUUAGAUACACUAGAAAAGGUGUUUAAGUAUGUGGUGAAGAUUCACACGACAAAACGAUGCCUGGGUACAAGGCAGAUUCUGGGUGAGGAGGAUGAACUCCAGCCAAAUGGACGUGUAUUCAAGAAAUACAAAAUGGGUGAAUACAAAUGGCGCAAUUUCAUUGAGACCGAGCAGGCGGCUAUGUGUUUUGGCCGUGGUAUUCGGGAACUUGGGCAGCAGCCCAAGACGAAUAUUGUCAUCUUUGCCGAAACACGUGCCGAAUGGCUUAUUGCUGCCCAUGGAUGCUUCAAGCAGAAUAUCCCAAUUGUCACGAUUUAUGCCACCCUUGGUGAUGAUGGCAUUAUUCAUGGGAUCAAGGAGACUGAAGUCAAUAUUGUUAUUACAUCACAUGACCUUUUGCCCAAAUUCAAGACACUCCUGCCCAGUCUACCCAAUGUCAAGACCAUUGUUUACAUGGAGGAUCAACUGCACAAGACAGAUACCGUUGGAUUCAAGGAGGGUGUUAAGAUCAUCUCCUUCUCGGAGGUUCUGAAAAUGGGCACUGACAGCAAAUACGAGGGAGUCCCUCCUGAAGCCGAUGACACAGCUAUCAUAAUGUACACAUCGGGAUCAACUGGAACACCAAAGGGUGUCCUUCUUUCGCAUCGUGGUUGCAUUGCAACUAUGAAAAAUUUCUGUGAUAGUGUCAAAAUCUACCCAGAUGACAUUCUCAUUGGAUUCCUGCCACUAGCCCACGUGUUUGAACUGAUUGCUGAGAGCGUCUGCCUCCUCACGGGUGUCCCCAUUGGAUAUUCCACACCAUUGACUCUGAUUGACAGCAGCAGUAAAAUUAUGAAGGGUUGCAAGGGGGAUGCUUCAAUCUUGAAACCGACAUGCAUAACUUCUGUUCCGCUAAUUUUGGACAGAAUAUCCAAAGGUAUCAAUGACAAAGUGAAUGCUGAGCCACCUUUCAAGAAGGCUCUCUUCCGUUUUUGCUAUGGAUACAAAGCAAAGUGGCUGAAACGUGGCUACACAACACCCCUCACGGACAAAUUGAUCUUUAAGAAGGUGGCUAAACUCAUGGGUGGUCGUGUUAGAGCUGUCCUAUCGGGCGGUGCUCCUCUAUCACCGGACACCCAUGAACAGAUUAAAGUUUGCCUGUGUGUUGAUGUAAUUCAGGGCUAUGGAUUGACAGAGACAACUUCCGGAGCUGCUGUUCUCGAUAAAUGGGACAUGACAUUUGGACGUGUUGGAGCACCAUCGACAAUGUGUGAUAUUCGUUUGAUAAACUGGGAAGAAGGAAAUUACCGAGUUACCAACAAACCCUAUCCACAGGGUGAAAUUGUUGUUGGUGGAGAAAAUGUAUCCCAAGGAUACUACAAAUUGCCAGGAAAGACUCAGGAGGACUUCUUCGAGGAGGACGGCAAAAGAUGGUUCAAAACCGGAGACAUUGGUGAAGUUUAUCCCGAUGGUGUACUUAAAAUCAUCGAUCGCAAGAAGGACUUGGUGAAAUUACAAGCAGGAGAAUAUGUCUCUCUGGGAAAAGUUGAGGCUGAAUUGAAAACGUGUCCAGUGGUUGAGAAUAUUUGUGUCUAUGGAGAUCCAACGAAACAGUACACAGUGGCUCUUGUUGUGCCCAGUCAGAAGCAUCUGGAAGAGAUUGCACUGAAGCAGGGCAUCUCGAAUCUUCAAUUUGAAGAUCUCUGUUCGUCACCCGUCAUGGAAAGGGCCGUGAUUAAAGAACUGGCCGAACAUGCCAAGAAAUGUAAACUUGAGAAAUUCGAAGUGCCCGCCGCUAUUACACUGUGCAAGGAGGUUUGGUCUCCGGACAUGGGCCUCGUGACGGCAGCUUUCAAGCUGAAGCGAAAAGAUAUCCAAGAGAGGUAUCAGCAUGACAUCAAUCGCAUGUACGCCUCAUGAAAUACACCCAAACAGUCAAUUCGCAGGCGCAAUUGAGAUGAGGUGGAUUGCGCAACAAAUUAGAAUGUUUUUGUUUUUAAAAAAGGUAGGAUGAAGGAGGUGAUGAUCAAAGUGAAGUGAAUUAUUUAAUUUAUUCGAUCUUAACUCAGUGGCUAAUGCUUCACUGAUUAUUUGACCUCAAAGAACAAUUAAAGAGAAAAUUAAAAAAAGAGGACAUCACGCAAAAAUAAAAGACCGGCCCAAGCACUUGCAAAUUACCCCACAAAAAAAUUAUUUGCUAUUUCUAUUCUUUUUUUUUAUUUUAGUCAAAAAAAAAACUCAAAGAACAAGUUUUUUUGCGUUCUUGUUCUUUUUUUUACUUUGCAAUAAGCAUGGAUUUUAUUUAAAGAUUUAUUUGAAUUAUUUUGUCAUAAGUGAUACCCAUGAAUAGAUUUAUCGUGAUCAGCAAAAAAAAACACCCAAAAAAACUUGAGAGAUAAUUCCAUGAAAUGGUAUUUAUAUCAAUAUCAUUUCAAGGGAUUUAAUAUAAAAGAAGAUACCCUUAUCGCAAUUUCUAAUCAGUUUUCUGUAAUAUACAAAAAAAUCGUUUCUAUAUUAAGUCAAUAUUUACUUAAUUAUAAAUUAAAUGCAAAAGAAAGAAGCGUAGAAAAGUAAAAAAAGAAAAACAUGAAUUCUUUCAUGAUGAAAGAAAAGUAAAUAUUAAAAAAAUGAUACACCGAAAAUAAGCAAAUUUUUCUAUAAUAAAAAAAACCUAAUAGAAUGCAAUAAAAAAUCUUUGAGAAAUUAGAGGUCAAAGAAAACAUCUAUAAAAGUUACCUUCUAAUUUAUUUGUGUAAAUUGGCUAUUUUGUAAUGUAAACUGCAAAAAUCCAUUCUAGUGAAUUUUUUUUUUUAAAUAAUCUGUAGUAGAAAAUGGGAAAAAAACUAUUACUGUGUAUUAUAAAGUGGAAAAAAAAUAAAAAAUUUUCCCAAGUUUAUUUACCAUUUAUUUUUUCUUUUGCAAAAAUCUUGCAACAUUUUCAAACACGGGAAAAUAUUAGAGAAAUUGUAGACAUUUCGUAGCUUUAUGGGAGGAAAAAUGAGGAUUUUGGAUCUAACUUUAUUUUAAUACGAACAAUUUUUUAUUUAUUUUUUUAAAUUGGAAAUAAUUUUUAAGCAUUUUCUUAAUGCGCUGAAUGGGAUAUGACUUUAUAGCGUGCGAUUAACUUUUUUCUUCGUAAUUUUAACACUUUUUAGGUGUAAAAAAAUAUUAAAAUUUUUUAAUGUUAAUUUUACACAUUUUUAAGGGUAAAAUUAACAUGAAAAAGGGUAACUUUAACCCAUAAUACCUACACUGAGAAAAAAAGGGGAGUGCGAUUAACAUUUUUUCCUCAGUAAUGUAACACUUUUAAGUGUAAGAAUAUAUCUACAUUUUUAAUGUUUAUUUUACACCUUAUUAAGGGUAAAAUUAACAUGAAAAAGGGUACCUUUAACCCCUAAUACACCUAAAAAAGGUAAUAUUUACACCGAUUUCGGAUCAAUAAUACAAGGUAAAAUUAAUAUUUCCGGAAUGUUAUUUUAACUUUUUCGGAUUUCUCUCAGUCAGUGACAUUACACGAAAUCCUUGUAAAUCUUAAAUUAAAAGUUAAAUUAGGGGAAACCGGGGAAAUUCGGUCAGGAAAUGAAGAAAAUGUUUUUUUUUGGAAUUCUUGACUAUUUCAGUAAAAAUGGAGAUAUAAACUUUUGCUCAAUAUUUCUUGUAAGACAAAUUAAAACAUCCCCGUCCAUCCAUUAGUCCGUUUUGUUAAACGGAAAAAUGGAUCUUGUGCAAAAUUUGUCAAAAGGAUGUUAUUUACCUAUUUGACAAAAUUUUUGUCUCAGAUCUUACAUGGAGAAUACAUCCUUUUGACAAACUUUUAACAAGAACCAGUUGACCGCCGAUUUGACAAAACUUUUCCAUUUUCUCUAUAGAAGAACAUCCUUUUGACAAACUUUUUUGUUAAUUUGACGAAACUCUUUGUCACAUUUUACAAAGACAGUCUUUGUAAAAUGUGUCUUUGUCUCAACAAAGACAGUCUUUGUUGAGAAUCCGAUGAGAAAAGUGUCCAGUAAAAAAAGUCCAAAACGCACUAAGUGUAACAAAAACCUUUGUGACAAGGUCUUUUCCAAUUAUUUUCAUACCUGAGGAAGGAGGAAAUCCCCUCCGAAACGUCGGUUUGAGAAAGUAAAGGAGAAGAAACCAAAGGUCAUUUCCGUGUUGCAAUUAUCAUUAGAUUCAACGGUAUUUUCGUAGAUGGACGAAAUGUUCGCCUGGGUAAUCUCUAAAACAUAUCCAUAAACGAAAAAAAUCGCACAACGCGUUUUCGAGCAAUCCAAAAAAAAACAUAGUUUUGUAGGGGAAGGGGAGAGGUGGGGGGAAAAUGAGGGGCAUGUUGACGAUCCUUGGGUCGACUUAUGGGGGGGUCCUGCGAAGGUCCCAAGUCUCUAUCUGUAACCGUUUGGCCUCUAGAGCUGGCGACAACCGGACAGACGGACAAACAGCGUGACGACAUUUCUCAGAAACCGUCUGAAACGUAAAGAUUUGUUAAAAAAAAUUGUCUCCGGGAGAUGGAAGGUGGAAAUUUGGGGGAAGGGGAGUGAAAAAAUCGAGAGAUUACUGCUCUCUCCGUGGAGUUCCAGCAGUAAAAAUUCUAAAUUUGUCAUAUAACAAUGUGAUACGGUUACAGCCGUUACAACAUUCCCCUAAUGGUCAAAAUCGUUCGACUUUGCUGAACGACCUCCUGUAAAAUCUAAAAAAUAUAUCAUUCAAUAAAUCUCUUGAAAUUUACGAAAAAAAAACACAUAGCGUAAGUGUGCCAAAUUUCGGCAUAGUUGCAUGCAAGCGCCAAAGUCUCAAGUUUUAAAUGCUAUAUUAUCAAUACAAAUUGAAUAUUUUUAUUACUUCUUCUUAAGGAGUGUUGCUUGGAACCUUGUAGAUAAUUUAUCGUCUUUAUUUACUCUAAAAUCAUUCUUAAUACAUUUUAAAAUAAAUAAAAAUGUUGACAUAGCUUUGGUGCCUUAUUUCGGCCACCUUCAUUAUCAAAAUUCUUUGCCCAUCGGCAAUUCUUCAAAUGUCUGUUUCACAUCAUCUCGUUUGUCGAAGCUACAUUUUUUGUUAUUCUUUUACAUUGUAUAAUCUAUAGAGUAUGUAAAAACUAAAAAUUCAUGUAAAUUCGAGGAACAAAAAAGAUGGCCGGAAUUUGGCACACUUACCCUAGCUGUUUGUUAAAAAAAGUCUAGAAUUUUGGGUAGGGAUUAUUGAGUUAACUUGCAGCACAAACAUGAGAUUUCGUCACUUGCGUCAGCAUUUGUGGUAACCUAACCGUACAUAUUUUUCAGGACACUACUUAUUGUAAUUUUAAACACUCUUUAGUUGAUCUUCUUUGAGUAAUUACAGAGAAGCCUUAAAAAUUCCAGUCGGCAAAGUUAGUAUCUCAUGUCAAGCUUAGGGGGAAAUGGGGCAGAUUUGGAAUUGAGAAGUUUUUCCUAUUUUUAAAUGGAAUUCAGCCUUAUCACGAUGUAAUUUAGCUUCUUAAUCUAUGGAGAAAAAAGUGCCCCACUUCCCCCUAUAAACAAUCAAUGCUUAAAGAUGAUUUCUGCAUCUGAAAAACUAAAAAAAUAUUACUAAAGUAGAUUCAAAACAUUGUUUAUUCAAAAUAAUUUUUUUCUUGUCCAAAAACAAAUAAUGCCCAAUGCACAAUAAUUUUUGUUUUGUAAACAUGUUUUCGACAUUUCAAUGAGAGUGAGUGAGAUCUAGAUCUAGUCAUCUCGCUCAUUCUCAUAGGAAACUUUGAAAACAUAUUUACAAACAAAAGUUACUGUGCGCUCAAGAUGAAUAAAAACAAAUAACAAAGUAAUAAGGUGGGCCAGAUCGGGUUGGUGAUGACGUAGAUACUUUUUGGAGGUUAUGUCAAAAAUCAGCUGUUCGUGACUCGCGCCAAAAUUUCAUGCGGCUACAUUUCUAUAAAAUGUUGGGAAUAUAUCAAAAUUAUUAGUUUAAUUGUUAACAGUAUUGACUAUUUUUAUUAAUUAAACUAAUAUUUAAUGUUGUUUCUGUUUUUCUCAUACUUUUUGCCACAAAAUUCCACUUGACAAAAAUUAUUUUCACGAAACCCGGCAGACCAUACAGCAUAUGAGCAAAUCACAAAUGUGUCAGUCCAUUCAAUACUAAUAUAUGUUCCUUGGAAAAAUUCAGAAUAUGUAAAAUAACACAGAAUUCAAAGCAUAAAAAUCACAUAGAAUACCAAAUUGAUAUAAAAUGCCGAGUUUAGCCAUUCUCAAUAAAAAGAUAAUAUUAAUUUUCUCUAAUUUCGUAAGACAUCUACAACAGUUCAAAAGACUUAUAAAUCCAUUUCCCCCAUUAAAAUUUCCGAAUUUUUUGUGGUUUUGUGCUAAAUUAAGAAAAAACACAAAAAAAUCUUAAAAUGAGUUUCCAUUGAUUUUAUUAACAAAAAACUAAUUUAUUAAGUUAUUUUUUUUUCAACACUUUAGCGAGAAUUCUAUCACACAUACCAAUAUACUUUCUUCUAAAAUCUAUCAGGUACAUCAGGUAUGAGUUUUUUCAGAAAAUUUUAUUUAACUACCAAGAGAAAUUCAAAAAAGAAAUUUAAGGUGAUAUUUUAAUUCUCAACUUAUGAUUCUUUCAGUACUAUUUUAGGACUAUUUUGGAUCUUUACUUAAUUUUUAUCAAUUAUUUUUACAUUUACAAUUUUUUUGUGUUUUUUAGCCAAUUUUCAUGCCACGAAACCUAUAAAAUGUCAUCACCUGAUGAAGUUUUGCCAACGAGGGGAAUAAAUUAAGACAAAAUUGGCAUUUUCACGUCUUUAGCGAGUUUUUCUUUUUUUUUUUUUGAAUAUUGCAAUACUUGAGAGAUAAAUAUAUACGAUAUUCGGAAUUUUUAGAAUUAAUUGCGUUAUUCUCAUAAUUUCUAUUCUGGGUUACAACGUGACCUUAUUUUGAUAAUUGUAGUCUGAAUUGUGGUAAAGCCCAUUCAAUUGUUCAUUCAUUUAUGAUGUUAUACUCUGUAUAAAAAAUGUGGUACUUUACCGCACUUUGGAAUUAAAUCCCAAUAUUCUGAUUCUUGGUCUAUUUUUUUUUAUUUGAGUUAUAAAAAGGUUAGCAAAUAAUUUUUCCACAAAGAGAAAGUUAAUUAAAUAUUCUAUACACUAGGGAAAAAUCCUCUCAGCAGUUCACUCUAAUACACUCAUUGGAACUAUCAUUGUAGUGAAACAACCUAUCAAAAAAAUUAAUUUUUCUGAAGUGUUACUUUUCCUUUGGAAAUAAAAUUGUUGGAAAAAACAUUUCAUCGAAAUGGAAAAUAUAAAACGCGACGUAAAAAGAGAAAUGUGGUGCUCCAAAACCCCAUAUAUUUGAUUGGCCAGUAAGGCUAGCCUUGCCUAGAAAGUUGUGAUUUUUUUUCUGUGUAGUCUAGAAUUUUUCAAAAAACUUAAUAAAAUUGAAAAUUGACUGAGAAGUGUACAAUAUUGAAUGCAAUCUUUAAAUAUAUUAGCUGCAAAAUCAGAUUAAAUUUUAAAAUUUAACAAUAGAAAAUCGAUUUAAGGAAAUUAUUGAGUUCAAUGGCAUACUAUGGACGAUAUGUUAUCCUAGGCAAUUUUAAUAUCAUACCCAAUGUGGUCAUAUUAGUAAAAAUGUGUUUUUUAAAAUCAAAAUUUAUCAUAUUAUACUUAUUUGAAGUUCAUUAGCCGAGAAACAAUAAAUAUAUUUUCAUUUAUGAAGAAAAUUAAUUAAUCUUUGCAAAAUUAUUCGAUUCUUAUUUUUCUAUUACAAAUGUUUGACAAAUCUGAGUUGUCAACACUGUACCAGUCGGGUAAAAGUAUCUACGUCACUGGCAGUUCGAUUUGGCCCACCUUAUACUUGAAACAUCUUGCUGUGCGCUGGGCAUAAUAAAAAAAAGAAAACAUUUUUGAUUUUUCAUAUUAACUACAAUAAUAUUAUUUGAUGUGAUUGGAAACUUUUAUUUUGCUCGUUGGUGACUGAAUUUUGUAUGAUUGCAGAGUGAAUGUGAUAGAAAUUGAGUCUGAAUUUAGUUUAUUAUGUUUAUGUCGUAAAAAAGCCCCCUAAACAAAAAAAAUCACAUUAAUAGAAAGUAGUGGGAAGAGUAGAAAUGAUUAUUAAAAAGAAAAUGACGCUAAAUUUUUUGUAAAUACUUAUAUAAUCUAAAAGGUUUUAGAUUUGUUUUUCUUGUAAAAAAAAUCCUCUUAUGUGAGAAUGUACUACGCAAUAAAUUAAGUGUAAAAUGAAGUUUAAAAUAUUUGGUGAUUUUCCUUAUCAAAAAAAAAAGAAUUGUGAAAUUUUAUUUAAUAGAAAAUCCUUCAAAUUCUUUUACAUUAUAAAUAUGCCUUUUGAAAAAUGCUUGUAGCUAAGACACACCACCAUCGACUAUUUUGAACUUAAGAGAACUCUUAACAUCAAAAUUUUUCAUCGUCACAGAAUAAUCACUCAGAUAAAUAUUUCAAUGUAUAAAUAAAUCAUGUACUAAAAAUUGCCUUCAAUAGUUAAAGAAAAGUUCAUAUAGAUCUACUGAGAAAACAAAGGGGAAGAUAGCAGUUGAAUUAUAUGUGGUCACAAGUCUUAACAAUUACGUAAAGCUUAGUAAAAGAAAAAAAAUGAAUAAACAAAAACAAAUUUUAAAAGUUUACGUGUAAAAUAAUUAAAAAUCAAUUACAAAAAUUCAAAAAGAAUUCAUACUGAAGAUCCAAAAAGAAAAACAAGUAGCAAGUAACGAUAAUCUUGGAUAUGUAAAUAAAGGUUAUUUAAAUAAAAUUUUACUAGGUCUACAUUUUAGUGGAUAGCAAAAAGAAGAAAAAAAAAUCAACAAACUAUAAAUUAUCACUUUAUAAAAAAAAAUGAAAAAAAUGCAUUGAAAUGAAUAAAUGGAAAAACAAGUGAAUAUUAUAAGAAA